AACUAAAUUUUCAAAAGAAGCCAUUUUGAAAAUUUUAUCUUUAAAAUUAACCUAUUAAAUUUUUACUAUAUUUUUUCUCUAUUCAACUUUAAGUAGAAGUCAUAAGAAUUUCUCUCUCGUUCAGAAUCUGGAAGUUGCAGAAUCAGCUGUCAAAUAUUUCAGACGAACUCAUGAUUAUGUGAAUUUGUAAAUAAAAAAAUGCCGAGUUAUAAUUAUAAAUGUAAAUGCAACGAGCCGGCAAAAAAAUCAAUUGUGAAGAAAGAAGGUCAUAAUAAAGGCCGUGAAUUUUAUGCAUGUGCUAAACAACCAGGUCACAAUUGUAAUUUUUUUAAAUGGGAAAAUAAAAACUCUUCUCAGUCCCAGGAAGAUGAAGGGCCAUGGGAUGGUGAUGGAGUAAUUUGUAUAUGUGGUGGCCCCGCUCAAAAAUUUAUAGUAAAAAAAGAUGGACCCAAUAAAGGUCGGUAUUUUUACGGCUGUCCCAAAGCUCAAGACAGUACUUGUAAAUUUUUUCAAUGGGUAGAAAACGUGAACAUUGAAAAAAACACAACUGAGUAUGACGUUGAUAAUUUUGAAUGGGAUGAUGAUGAUGAUGAUGAUCCAGGAUGUCCUCAGCAAUCAGUACAGAAUAAAAAUGAUAAAAAACAGAUUGUAGUUUGUGUUUGUGGAGAUCCAGCUCGCCAAUUUGUUGUCAAGAAAGAAGGAGCCAAUAAAGGCAGGUCCUUCUACGGUUGUCCCAGAGGUCAAGAAAGCACUUGUGGAUUUUUCCAAUGGGUUGAAAAUGUAAACAGUGACGAGUAUGACGUCAAUGAUUAUCAGUGGGAUGAUGACGGGGAUGACAGCGAUGAUCGAGGAGCCUUACAGGAACCAGUUCAAAAAAAUAAAAACGAAAGCGGAGAGGAUGUAGUUUGCGUUUGUGGAGAACCAGCUCGAAAAUUUGUGGUAAAGAAAGAAGGAGCCAACAAAGGCAGGUCCUUCUACGGCUGUCCCAGAGGUCAAGAAAGCACUUGUAGAUUUUUUCAAUGGGCAGAUAUUGAUGUUGCCGCCCGGAAACAACCUUCCGCCGUUCAACAACCUGAUAAUAAUUUUGACUGCCAGUGGGAUGAGGACGAUUGGGGUGAUGAUCAAAAUAGACCCGCCGAUCAAUACAAUAGACCGUUGAACUCGGGUGGAAACCAAGUCAGGUGUAUUUGCGGUCAGCCAGCUCGAAAACAAAUCGUGCAAAAGGACGGCCCGAACAAAGGCAAAGAGUUUUACACAUGCUCAAAGGAUUCUCCUAAAUCAUGCGGAUUUUUCGAUUGGGCGCAAGAUUAUUCUACUAGACAACCCAGCAACCAACAGCCCAGUCCUUCUCAAUCCCAAAAAAAACUCGUUCAACUUAAAAAAGGAACUGGUGUAAAAAAAUACGGUUCGCUUUUUUAAUUUUUUUUAUUUAUACUCAACUUUAUUUAUUACUAUUUUAUACUAGACACUUAAAUAUUUCAUUAAAUUAUAAUGAAAAAGUAAUAAAAAUAAUCAGUAUCAACUAUAAAUUUUUUAAAUGAUCAAUAAAUCAAGAGUUUUAAUAAAUAACUGAUAAAUUUAAUGAUUCGUUAUUAAUUUAUUUUACAGUACACAUAUAUUACUGAAAAUAUACACAUGAUAAAAUUGCGAUUCAAUAAAGCAAUCUCGACAUUCGUUUGGGUUUCAAAUGUUUAAAAAAAAGAAACAUAUCUAUGAUGUCUUACUUAAUUAUUUAAAUUUAAAUAAUACAUUCAACAAUCUUCUGACCUCCACCGAACAAUAAUCUCCCAACUCAUCAUCAUCAUCUUCGUCAUCUCACUACAACACAGCCAAACGCUUUCAUCACAUUCUCGUCGUUAUUACUCAUACCUUACACAUCUUUAUUAUCUGUUGUUACAUUUUAUAUUCACAAA